AUGAGCGACUCCGUGACAUACCGCAGCAAAUACUUAGAGGUGCCCCAAGAGCUCAGAACCCGAAUAGUAAACAUAUAUACGGCCAGCACAAAGUACAAGAGAAAGGCAAAGGAGCAGGUGAUUCCUCUUGUUGAUGAAAUAGAGUACAAGGGAAUCUCAAACGAGCUGGAAAUGGUUGGCAUGCGGACAGAUGAAGUCAGAUGCAAAGUGCAGGAGAAACUAACCCAUCUAGAGGACAUUCGUGACUAUGUACGGGAAGUCACCCAGAAGGAGCAGGACCAAAGGAAGGGCUACAUCUCUGGAAUAAUAAAGGCAGAAAUGCGAGCUGCAGAGCAGAGUCUAGCCACCUUAGAGGAAAGAGUGCGUUUUUUAAUUGAAAGAAGCAAGCCAAAUGUUCUGCAGUCAAUUCAGCUGGCAAUUAACAGGCUUUCACAGAAAAUAGAAAGCAUCCAGAUUUAA